GAAGUGUUGCGCAGGCGCAUCCGAUCGACUCGGUAGGUGGGGAGCUCUUGGAGACGGCGACCCAGGCAUCUGGGGAGCCACAGAAGUCGUACUCCCUUAAACCGUGAGUUUCCGACGGUUGGUCCCAUGGCGCGGGAUUGUGAGGGAUUAGGAACGAAUUCUGGAUCGUGACUUCGGUUUUCUCGCCGUGCAGUUCCUUUCCCCGCCCCCCUUCGGAUCCCUCCGAGCUGCGGCGGGAAAGUCGCGCGCCUGCGCGCUAAGCAUCUGGUUCGGUCUCUGGCCCGAGGGAAGCCGGUCCUUCCCCGCUGAGCUCGCGGCCAGCGCUGGCCGGAGGAUUCCCAUUCAUUCACCCUUCUGCUCCUCCGCCCAGUACUCGUGGCCAGGGUCGUAUCAGUUCCCCGUCAACUUGCUUGGGGCCUUGGACGAGCCUCCUGGCGCUUCCUGUCAGUGGCGAAACGGUUUUCUCCCUCAGUUCUUUUCCUGACUUCAAACCGCCCCCGGCGUUCGGCCCCUCCCCCACGCGGUCCCGCUGGCUGCGCCGGACUCGCAGCCUCGCCGUUUCCCACUGCGCCUGUUGCUGCGCGGGUGCCCAAGCCGGGAAAUUCACCCUGCAGCCCCCUGCCGGUGUUUCUGAUAGGUGAAAAUAAAGCACAUGGAAUUCCUUAGACAAGGCCACAGUAUGCCCUACUGUGGAGCUGCUUUGCUCCCCCUGCGGAUGUAACCCCUUAGCUGGCAUUUUGCAUCCCAAUUGGCUUGUGAUGGAGGCGUCUUUGGGGAUUCAGAUGGAUGAGCCAAUGGCUUUUUGUCCCCAGCAUGACCGGUUUCAGGCUGAAGGCUCUUUAAAAAAAAACGAGCAGAAUUUUAAACUUGCAGGUGUUAAAAGAGAUAUUGAGAAGCUUUAUGAAGCAGUACCACAGCUUAGUAAUGUGUUUAAGAUUAAAGACAAAAUUGGAGAAGGCACUUUCAGCUCUGUUUAUUUGGCCACAGCACAGUUACAAGUAGGACCUGAGGAGAAAAUUGCCCUAAAACACUUGAUUCCAACAAGUCAUCCUAUAAGAAUUGCAGCUGAACUUCAGUGCCUAACAGUGGCUGGGGGGCAAGAUAACGUCAUGGGAGUUAAAUACUGCUUUAGGAAGAAUGAUCAUGUAGUUAUUGCCAUGCCAUAUCUGGAGCAUGAGUCGUUUUUGGACAUUUUGAAUUCUCUUUCCUUUCAAGAAGUACGGGAAUAUAUGUUUAAUCUGUUCAAAGCUUUGAAACGCAUUCAUCAGUUUGGUAUUGUUCACCGUGAUGUUAAGCCCAGCAAUUUUUUAUAUAAUAGGCGCUUGAAAAAGUAUGCCUUGGUAGACUUUGGUUUGGCCCAAGGAACCCAUGAUACGAAAAUAGAGCUUCUUAAAUUUGUCCAGUCUGAAGCUCAGCAGGAAAGGUGUUCACAAAACAAAUCCCACAUAAUCACAGGAAACAAGAUUCCAUUGAGUGGCCCAGUACCUAAGGAGCUGGAUCAGCAGUCCACCACAAAAGCUUCUGUUAAAAGACCCUACACAAAUGCACAAAUUCAGAUUAAACAAGGAAAAGACGGAAAGGAGGGAUCUGUAGGCCUUUCUGUCCAGCGCUCUGUUUUUGGAGAAAGAAAUUUCAAUAUACACAGCUCCAUUUCACAUGAGAGCCCUGCAGUGAAACUCAUGAAGCAGUCAAAGACUGUGGAUGUACUGUCUAGAAAGUUAGCAACAAAAAAGAAGGCUAUUUCUACAAAAGUUAUGAAUAGUGGUGUGAUGAGGAAAACUGCCAGUUCUUGCCCAGCUAGCCUGACCUGUGACUGCUAUGCAACAGAUAAAGUUUGUAGUAUUUGCCUUUCAAGGCGUCAGCAGGUUGCCCCUAGGGCAGGUACACCAGGAUUCAGAGCACCAGAGGUCUUGACAAAGUGCCCCAAUCAAACUACAGCAAUUGACAUGUGGUCUGCAGGUGUCAUAUUUCUUUCUUUGCUUAGUGGACGAUAUCCAUUUUAUAAAGCAAGUGAUGAUUUAACUGCUUUGGCCCAAAUUAUGACAAUUAGGGGAUCCAGAGAAACUAUCCAAGCUGCUAAAACUUUUGGGAAAUCAAUAUUAUGUAGCAAAGAAGUUCCAGCACAAGACUUGAGAAAACUUUGUGAGAGACUCAGGGGUAUGGAUUCUAACACUCCCAAGUUAACAAGUGAUGUACAAGGGCAUGCUUCUCAUCAACCAACUAUUUCAGAGAAGACUGACCAUAAAGCUUCUUGCCUCAUACAAACACCGCCAGGACAAUACUCAGGGAAUUCAUUUAAAAAGGGGGAUAGUAAUAGCUGUGAGCAUUGUUUUGCUGAGUAUAAUACCAAUUUAGAAGGCUGGAAUGAGGUACCCAAUGAAGCUUAUGACCUGCUUGAUAAACUUCUAGAUCUAAAUCCAGCUUCAAGAAUAACAGCAGAAGAAGCUUUGUUGCAUCCAUUUUUUAAAGAUAUGAGCUUGUGAUAAUGGGUCUUCAUUUAAUGUUUACUGUUAUGAGGUAGAAUAAAAAAGAAUACUUUGUAAUAGCCAUAAGUUCUUGUUUAGAGACCAGAGCAGGAUUAAUAAUUUAUUUUAACAUUUUAGCGUUUCGUGGCACAUUCUAAAAUGUAGAUUAAGAAUACUUAAAAUGCCUGGCAUAGUUCUUGGGACUAACAACAUGAUCUUUGAGUUAAAGCUACCUAAGUAGAUUUUAGGUGGGUUCCUAUUAGGUCAGAUUUUUAGUUUCCCUAAUUACCUUUCACUGACAUAUGCAGAAAAAGGAGCAGUUUUAGUUUUAAUUAAUUAAAAUUAACGGAUGUGAUGAGGAUUAAAUGAAUCAAAAGACUUAAUUUGUAGAUUCUUUUAGAGUUAUGAGCUAGGUAUAGUUUGGGGAAACUCAACCUGGUGCUGGUGCUCUAACAAUUUUGUAAGUAAAGAAGAUAAUUUCCUCUUCUAGAGGUACAUAUUAGGCCUUUCAUGAACACUAAAAUGAGGAAAUGGUCAUGGGGCAAAGUAUCACUUAAAAUUGAAUUUAUCCUUUUUUUUUUUUUUUUUUUUUUGAGACGGAGUCUCGCUCUGUCGCCCAGGCUGGAGUGCAGUGGCGCAAUCUCGGCUCACUGCAAGCUCCGCCUCCCAGGUUCACGCCAUUCUCCUGCCUCAGCCUCCCAAGUAGCUGGGACUACAGGCGCCCGCCACUACGCCUGGCUAAUUUUUCUGUAUUUUUAGUAGAGACGGGGUUUCACCUGUUAGCCAGGAUGGUCUCGAUCUCUUGACCUCGUGAUCCGCCCGCCUCGGCCUCCCAAAGUGCUGGGAUUACAGGCGUGAGCCACCGCGCCUGGCGAAUUUAUCCAUUUUUAAAAAACACUUCAUGAAAACAUUUUAGUGUGAAUUGCCAUUUUUUCUUAAUGGCUUCUCGAUUUUCUUCCUUCUCUGCCCCUACCUAAAACAUUCUCCUUGGAAAUUACAUGGUGCUGACCACAGAGUUUCUGGAUGUUUUAUUAAAUACUGCAUGUGUUUACAGUUGGGAAUUUAAAAUAAUACAUACACUGGUUGAUAAAGGGAAGCUGCAGGACCAAGGUAAAGAUUGAUAGUCCAAAUGCUUUUCUUUUUUGAGUUGUAUAUUUUUUCACACCAUCUUAGAUAUAAUUAGGUAGCUGCUGAAAGGAAAAGUGAAUACAGAAUUGACAGUAUUAUUGGAGAUUUUUCCUCUGCGUAGAGCCAUCCAGAUCACUGUAUCCUGUUUUGACUAAGUCUUAGGUGGGUUGGGAAGAUAGUGAAGUAGGCAAAGAGAAAAGGACCCAAGAUAGAGGUUUAUAUUCAGAAAUGAUAUAUAUCAAUGACAGCAUAUCAAACUUCCUAUGGGAAGAAGUCUAGUGGGUGGGUCAGCUGACAGAUUUCCCAUUUAGUAGUCAUAGAAUACAGAAAUAGUUUAGGGACAUACAUUCAUUUUGUUAUUUUGAGCAUUGAUAGGUCAGUAUAUCUACCUAAUCUGUUUGGUAAGGAUAGGAUGUAUCUAUAUAAACCAUUACCAUUGAUCUGCUCCGUCUUAUACCAUAAUCUUAAAAAAAAAAUUGAAUGCUCUUGAAUUUGUAUAUUUAAUAAAGUGAUCCUUUUAUAUUUUUUA